AUGAGUAGACAAGUUGUUUGGGCGGUCGCAGCCGUUGUGGUGGCUAUAACGGCUUUCCACCUGCAGUGCGCGGUGGCCAAGACAACGUAUGUGGUCGGAGACAGCUUGGGUUGGACAGUCCCUCCUGGUGGUGCCGCCGUCUACUCCUCCUGGGCUUCCAACCAUUCCUUCAUCGUUGGCGACGUUCUACUGUUCAACUUCACCACCGGAGAGCACGACGUGGCACAAGUAACAAAAGCGGGUUACGAUGCCUGCGACGAGAAUGGUAGAACCAUUGGUUCUAUUCAAAAUACCGGCCCCGCAAGUAUCACUCUUUCCUCCGCUGGCCAGAAUUACUUCAUUUGUACUUACAAUAGUCACUGCUCCCUCGGCCAAAUGCUCGCCAUCAACGUCACCACUACCUCCACACCUGCAACUGCUCCGGCCAACUCCGCCGCCCCGCCAGGCCCUGCUACUCCCCCUGUCACCGUCGCUGUCCCACCACUAUCUGCAACGCCUCCGGCUACCCUCGCUGUCCCUCCACUAGCUGCAGCUCCUCGUAUCAGCCCAGUUGUGCCACCAGUAUCUAGCACCAGUUCCCAAUCCAAUGAAACCUACGCCGUCGGGGACAGUUUAGGCUGGACCGUCCCACCUGGUGGCGCAGCUGCCUACACUACUUGGGUUGCCGGCAAAACCUUCCUAGUCGGAGACACUCUUUUCUUCAACUUCACCACCGGAAAGCACACAGUGGCGGCAGUGACAAAGGCAGGAUUCGAUUCGUGCAGCAACAGUAGCAUCAACGGGUCAAUUAUAACGACGGGUCCAGCAAAAGUGGUUUUGGAGGCGGAAGGAAAGCACUACUACAUCUGCACCAUCACAAGGCACUGUCAGUUGGGCCAAAAGCUUGCGCUUAAUGUCACCGCAGGCACCACCUCACCGUCCCCAUCUCCAUCCUCAUCAUCAUCACCGUCUCCACCAAGCUCUACACCCUCCUCCUCCUCCUCCCCCUCUAGAGUUGGCGUCACUACCUUUUCUGUUACUUUAAUGACCACUACCAUCUUAGUAGCUUUCUUUCUUUAA